AUGAGUCGCCCUCAUGAUGGCCAUCGACCAUUUUUUCCAUCUGGAAAUCCUUUCCGCCUAAUAUUACCCCGUGGCUCGAAUAUACCACCAAAGUAUGCGACCCUAUUGAGCACUUUUGAGAAGAAUCUGGCCGAAAGAUUCAAGAAUCUCAAGGAAAACGUUGAAUCAGAGAUUCUUAACUUAUCAUGGAUGUGCGAUGCUAUGGAGUCUUUGUCUGAGACCCACACUGAUAUCAAAAACCUCAUCACUGACCUUCAGUUCCCUAUUUCUGACUGGGAUGGGCAGUGGAUGGACAUGUAUUUGGACAAUAGCGUCAAGUUACUUGACAUUUGUAUUUCAUUUAGCUCUGAGAUAUCCAGGCUCGACCGAUGCCAACUUUUGCUUCGGUAUGCCCUGCAUGUUAUUGACUCAGCCGACUCUCCUUCAGAGAAACAGCUUAACAGUGUUCGUACAUCUCUCAGUGAUUGGAUGCAACAAAUCAACUCGCGGAAUUCAAAGCUAAAGGAUUCUCAUAAAAUUUUGGAGGAGCUCAAAAAAUCUCUUUAUCUGCCGAAGGCAAAGAAUUCUAACAAGGGGAAGAUCUUAAUGCGAGCCAUGCAUGGUGUGAAGGUACAAACCAUAUUUGUCUGUACUGUCUUCUUGGCAGCUUUAAUGAAGUCUUCCACACCGCUCAUGGACUUACAAGUUUCUGAAAAGUUCUUAUGGGUUGAAUCCUUUACGGACCUCCAAAGUUAUGCCAACAGAGAAAUAAGGAAAAGAGAAUCAUGUAGCGGGGUUUUGAAAUUGAGAGAUUUGGAAGCAGUUAGUUACAGCGCAGAGAAACUUCUUUGCUUGAUUCCUGGCUCUGACGAGCUUCUAUCCCGGAAUAUGCUGAAAGAGAAUAGCCUUGGCCGCAAUGAGGAUGAAUCUGUUCAAGACGGUGAUGCUCAGAACAACCAAAUUGAAGGAGUAGAGCAAUCUGUCAUUGAGCUCAGUGAGACAGCAGAAAAGUUUGCUGAUCGUCUGGACGUCCUCUCCAAGAGGGUUGGUGAUUUUUUCCAGAUCGUCCUAUCUGGACGUGAUGCUUUGCUUUGUAAUCUAAGGGGAUCCGAUGUAAUGCAAGGGACUGUUGGGGAAGAUAGGAAAUUGUGA